UUCAUGGAUCACAGCCCCACGUGAAGUCACGCCUCAGCCAGCACCACGGAAGUAUUCGGACUGCCGCUGCAACUUGCCCCUACACACGACAGCGCUAAGCAAGCCUGAUGCCCGCGGUUCCUCAUGAAGCGCGCCGCCGAGGAUGUGUGCAACAGGAGCAAACAGCAAAGCGGAGGAUGGCGUGGGCUGGGACAAAAAAAAAGGCGUUGUGGGCAGGACCCCGUGGCCCAACCGGCCAUUUCUAGAAUCCACACAACGGCAGCCGGAAUAGGGAGGAGGAGCACGAGCGAAGAGAGGCGAGGAAGCACGGAGCAGAGGUAAAGAGCAUCCAACGAGGGUAUGAUGUAGCCGUGCACUUGCGCGUGCGCAGACCAGCCCCCUUGGACGGCACCCGCACGGUGGGCCCUCGCGAGCAGCUGCGCACACCAGCAAGGAAGCCGGCGGAAGGCGAGAGGACAAGACCACGAGGAGGGACGUGGAGGACGAGGAGGCCAUCAUCUCGAGCGGCCUGUGGCGCCCCGCAAGGGGAGGGCGCGAGCUCUGCGGCGCGUCUCGCCGCUGACCCCCCCCCGCCUGGAACGCUGUAGCGCCAGGGGGGGGGGAGAGACCCCCUCACGGUGAGAUGGGGGCCGAUGCGUGCGCCGACCGCGAAGCGGCAAGCGCAGGCCGAGCAAACUCGGCGGGAGGCCCCACCGACCGCUUUAUUAUGGUGUGGGUUGGCGGGACCUCCAAAAAAGAUGGUGCAGAGGCCGCAAGCGGCCUUGAGCCAAAGGCAAGGAGAGGGAAGCAACGAAUUGCGAGGAAACCCACUAGGAAGAGGAGGAGGAGGAGGAAGAGGAGGCGGCGGGUGAGCAAUAUCAUCGACGGCACCUGAUGGCGAGGAGCAGCAUGACGAUGAGGACGAGGGCCGCGAGCACCGAGCGGAAGACUGAGAGAGCUACGCCUUCGCCUUCGCCACGCCGGCCUGCAGCCCGCGACCGGGAGCCGGGUGCGGCCCGCCAUGCCCCCCGCCGAGGAGCGCGUCAGUCGCCAGCGCCGAUCUUGCGCGUGUAGAUCAGCAUGCUGGAGCUCCUCUCGCUCCCCACCUGGAUCAGGUCCUUCUCCUCCAGGUGGCGGAUGGCCUGGCGAGCGACCGACCCGUUGACCUUCAGCCUCUCGCUGACAAUGGCCGUGGUGAUCAGCUUCGCCUUUGGAAUCUCCUUCAGCAUCUUGUCGUACGUGGCCUGGUCGAACAUGACCAGGUUGGCGAGCUUCUCCUUGACCUUGCCCUUGCUCCACUUCUUUUUCUUGGACUUGCCUCCCGCCAUUGCGGCCUUCAUCUUGGCCUCCUUCGACUUCUGCACGACUUUGUUGGCGCCCAUCGCUGCCCGGCCUCGUCGGGGUGCCCGCGGGCAGGUAGAGUGGAAUAAAUCGGGAGGCGCGAUACGUCCUGCGGCCGAAGCGGCU